AUGUCUGAGAGGCCGCAAGAAAAUGGAAGCAGCAGCAGCACGAGCGCGACCACGAAUGGCGUCGACCUCAAGAUUGUGCCGCCGGCCGGCUUCCUCCUCCACCGCCGCGCCGCCGUCCCCAGCGCCCCUAUUCUCCGGGGGAGGAGCGCGAGCGGGCGGUGCGGCCUCGCCAUCUUGGUUUCGUCCUCCAAUGGUGCAGCUGGGCUCUCCCCACUGAGUGACUCGGAGAAGAAAGGCCCUGUGGUGAUGGAGAUCCCGCUGGAAAAUAUCCGGACGCGUGCCAAUGAUCCUGAUGAGGUGCAGAAGCUCAUGGACAGCAUCCGUGUCAUCGGCCUCCAAGUACCAGUGGGCAUCUUUUCCUUUAACAUUAAUUUUUACCAAAAUUAUUUUCUUUUAGUUCAUAAGUUAAAUUAUGUCAGAACUGGAAUUUUCUUAUGUGGAAUUAAGUACAUACAAAUAAAGUUAUAUACAGAGCUAAUACAUGGCCGAACACUACUACUGAAUUCAGUGAUCUCCAUACAGUUGUCUAGAGGAUGUUUGUGCUAUGGUUGAUUGAGUAUGCGCGUCAAUAUUCAAGUUGGGUUGUUUACAUGCAUGUUCUGCGGUACACCGUCACAAAGUAUAAAUGCAUUUUUUGUCCACGAGAUCCGGCACUAUUAUGUCUAGAAUGAGUUUUCCUUAGCUCAUUUUGACAUGUGAAGUCUAUUCACCUGUGCUCCUCUA